CGCUAUGCUCAACCGUGUGGCCUUUCUACAAAGAGCAACCACUUCUCUCUCUCUCUCUCUCUCUCUGAUCGUUCUUGGCGUUAGGGUUUUGAAUCUCUCUCUCUCUCAUCGUUAUCGUCUUUAGGGAUUUGCAGCGACUGUCUCUCUUCUGAUUCGAUUAUCAAAGUUCAGCGAUACUAUACAAAUUGAGGUUUGAGGAAGACGGGAUGGAGUAUACUGAUGAUGAUUCCUAUGUAAUGGUCGGUGUGGAAGAUUUUGCUCUUGCUCUUUCCAGUACUGAUUCCGAUGCAGAAUCUUCUGCAGAAAGAAAACUUAAGACAGAAGGAUCAGAUUUAUCUGACAUAGGCAGUUCGGACGUGGACAAUGAUGAGGAGCAUUAUUUGGACAUGGAGGAUGGCAUGAAUGAAAAUUUUCAAACUACAGUUGCUUGUUCGGAUGAAUAUUGGAGGGUUCAUGAAUUUCCAACACACAUCAAAUUUAAGGAUGUCAUGGAGAUUAAAGAUGUGGUGAAGGAUCACGUUCUUGCUUUCCUUCCAGCUAAAUCAGUUGUCAAGUUCAGAACUGUUUCCAGAGACUGGGAUCGGUGGAUAGCCAGUCCAUUUCUAGCACACAAGCAGGCUUAUCUGUUCAGAGACAUAUGUGGGUUUUUCUGCCAGCAUCCCACCAGCACUCCCACUUUCGUGACACUCGAUCACUCUUGGUGUGGGAUUCCUAGUCCUUCCCUUCAGUUCUUGCCCGAGUCUGUUGUAAUCAGAAGCUCCUGCAAUGGCUUGCUUCUCUGCCAAGAACGUGAUGGUGAAAAAAGCUACAUUGUUUGCAACCCUGUGAACCAGGAAUGGAAAGUGCUUCCCCAUCCUAAAUACUGUCGUGGUUCUGAACCAGCCAUAGUACUUGUGUUUGAACCUUCUGAAAUGAACAUUGCCGCAGAUUUUCAGGUUAUCUGCGCUUUCUACUCGUUGCGUGCUCCGCCAAUUGUGUGUUUUGAAAUAUAUUCCUCGAAGGAAGGGUCUUGGAGGCUCUCUGCUGCAGAAUGCUUGGAGCUUGAAGACUCAACACUGAAGAAUGGUGGGUUCUACAUGAAAGGAUAUGUGUUCUGGGCAACAACUUGUGACAACAUACUGGCAUUUGAUAUGAAGAAUGAGUUUUGUGGGCUUAUGCCUCUCCCUCCUAACAUAGCACGAAAAGGAGUUCUUUCGCAAAUGAAUGGGGAGUUAUGCUAUAUUCAUGCUCAUAAAUUUACCGGGAACAAAUGCAGAAUGUUCAUAUAUGGGGGUAUCAAUGUGAGCCUGAAGCGGAGUAUUGUUAUAGAUCUUGGCAAUGAGCAGGCCACAACUGAGGAUGUCCAGGCAUUGCCUUGUGUUAAUGAUGAUUUAAUGAUGAUUCUUAUCGGGAGUUCAGUUUAUGCAUAUCACGUGAGAGAUCAGAAACUUAAAGUCAUAAGCAGGCACGGGAAUGAUCCUCAGGCAUGUUACCUGCCAUAUGUGAACAGCCUUGUCCGUUUGAUUCCCGAUCACUCUCUCAGUGGUAUCCCAAAAAGUUAGUAGCCCCAAGUAGGCUGUGUUUUUGCCGUAGUUUUUUCAUGUUUGUGAUGAAUUGAAUUUUGAAUUACAACUUUACAACUUCUGCUGCACAUAUAUGAUCAUGGUAGGUUGUGUUUUUUGCGUCA